AUGCAUAUCCUAAGAAUCUUGAUUAUGGUUCCUCAUGUUUCUAGCAUGUCUAAGUUUCUCAUAACUACCCUCGUUAUUAUCAUCAUCUCGACCGUAAUGGCAAAACCCUCUUUCUCUACUUCCAAUUCUCAAGAUACAUAUUCUUCUUAUAAGGUGGAAUCCAAGAGCUUUCUACCAAAGUUAUAUGGAGAUUACGGGUUUUGGAACCCUAGCCCUGUUUACGGAGGAGGUUUUCCUUAUGCUGGCCCAGUGCCUCAUGGCAGUUUAGAUCGGCAACAGAGACAUAAGAAGCUAAAAUGA